AUGUUUUUCUUCAGCGAGACUCAGCUAGAAAUCGGUAUCGUAAGCUGUGGCGGUGUGACACCUUAUUCAAUAAUCGGUCGUGGUCACUUGAUAUCGCGUGAAAGGCGCAAAUGUUUCGAUGCAUUUAGUGACGAAAUUUUGCAGCGUUAUUACGAAGCUGGAAAACCAACGGAAUACCAAAUCAUAUGCACGUCUUUGUGCUAUAGACGAAUUGUCCCCGAAUACAGCAAACCGUGGCAGACUGGAAAACACUAUCAGGACACAGGGUCCAGUGUGUGGGCUGCUUUAUUGCUCACUCUCGUUCGCGGCGGUGCUCAUUUGGAUGCCACCGAUCGCAGUGGCCUGCACGCGUUAGACCCAAUGUUCCGUCAUGUGGUUGCUGAGUCCCGUUGUCGGGUGCUCGAACAUAUCACACUAGCCUGUCAAGCGGCUCGCGUGGCUCGUCGUUCUGGUUUCACUGCUCGUAACCCGUUCCUCCGGGCACGCCUUCCAGAAUAUUUGUUGUCGUUCAUAGAGUUGCACUAG